UGCCUGCCCCGCCGCCGGCCCGCGGCGCCGCCCGUCGUGCUGGUUCCAGGGGACUUGGGCAAUCAGUUAGAAGCCAAACUAGAUAAGCCAUCAGUAGUGCACUAUCUGUGCUCGAAGAAGACAGACAGUUAUUUUACGCUGUGGCUGAAUUUAGAAUUGCUUCUGCCUGUCAUCAUUGACUGCUGGAUUGAUAAUAUCAGGCUCGUGUAUAAUCGAACAAGCAAGAUUACAGAGCCACCAGAUGGAGUGGAUAUCAGAGUUCCAGGCUUUGGACAGACAUUUUCCUUGGAAUUCCUUGACCCAAGCAAAAGGAGUGUUGGCAGUUACUUCUACAUGCUGGUGCAGAGUUUAGUAGACUGGGGCUACAAGCGGGAUGAAGAUGUAAGAGGAGCUCCUUAUGACUGGCGAAAAGCACCAAAUGAGAAUGGACACUAUUUUGUGGCCCUUCGCAAGAUGAUAGAAUCAAUGUAUGAACAGUAUGGAAGUCCUGUUGUCUUAAUUGCCCACAGCAUGGGGAAUAUGUACACCCUCUACUUCCUCAACCAUCAAUCGCAGGAGUGGAAAGACAAGUACAUCAAGGACUACGUGUCAUUGGGUGCUCCCUGGGGAGGAGUUGCUAAAACCCUCCGUGUCCUGGCUUCAGGUGACAACAACAGAAUCCCUGUCAUCAGCUCGCUCAAGAUUCGAGAUCAGCAGAGAUCAGCGGUUUCCACAAACUGGUUGCUCCCCUACAACUACACGUGGCCUCCAGAUAAGGUCUUUGUAAGCACGCCUACAGCCAACUACACCCUCCGGGAUUAUCAGAAAUUCUACAGGGACAUCAGCUUUGAGGAUGGCUGGCUCAUGAGACAGGACACGGAGCCCCUGGUCUACCAGAUGACACCUCCUGGCGUGCGCCUUCACUGCCUUUAUGGUACUGGUGUAGAAACACCCGAUUCCUUCCAUUACGAGAGCUUUCCUGAUAAAGAGCCCAAGAUCCUGUACAGUGAUGGGGAUGGUACAGUCAACUUACAGAGUGCCUUGCAAUGUCAAAAAUGGGUGGACAUGCAGAAGCAGGAGGUGGUGGUAUUUGAGCUCUCAGGAAAUGAGCAUAUUCAAAUGCUUUCCAAUGAUACUACUAUCACCUAUGUGAAAAAGCUGCUUUUUAAUUUGUGACACCCUGUGUUGACAGUCAUUUUCGUUCACCUUUGAUGCCUUUCCUUAAAUUAGGGAAAAUGCCUUUUGAUCCCUUGAUAUUUAGGUAGCUGAAUUAUUUAUUUGGUCUUUUUUUUUUUUUUUUUUCCUCUUCUGUGUUCAAGAAGUGUUGUUUGGUGACCUAAGU